GCCACCUCGCGUUCCAAACGUCCGCCGGCGCGACCGGUGGGGGGCCAAGGCUCCGGCCUGGAGACCCCGUCCUGGACCCCGCCGGGGAGGUGUGGGCGCUGAUUCCCCAGAGGCGGGAGUCGGAAGUGGCCAGGCUCCAUCCUGUGACUGUCACUCGGCGUCGCUCGGGCGCGCGGAAGAGCCCAGGGGCAGGGGAGCCCCAGGGGCCUCGCAGGGUCCCCGAAAAGCCCCAAGGCGCGGUACGGAGUGAGGGGAGCAUGGCCGCCUGUGCCCCCGCGAGCGCGGACCGCUCCUGACCGGUCGCACGACGCCGCCCGCGAUGGCCGUACCCACGGUCUCCCUGCGCGAGCUGGCCGACCUCGCCAUCGGCACCCCGGAGGUGGGUGCCGUCAACUUCACAGCCCUGCACACGCUCAUCGUGGCCAUGCUCAAGAACCUCAACCUGCUGGACACACGGAUCCCCUUCGUCUCCCCCCCGGAGCAGAGCCGCUCGCAGGAGUCCUUGCAGGCCUCGUUCAGCGCCCAGCAGCUGCGCAAGCAGCCCUCGGGGACCUCCGCGCCAUCUGCCUCCGUGGCCGCGCUCCGGGAGAGGAGGCGGAGCAUUUUCAAGCCCACCCCACCGGCGCUGGACAGCCAGAUGAAGGACCUGACCGGCCAGGUGCAGUUCCUCAACAAGCAGCUCAGGACCAUUGACAGCCAGGUGCAGGGCAUCAUCAGCCACGUGCAGCUCAUGUCCCAGGCCGAGGGGCUGGGCGCGGACACCCGGGAGUGGCUGAUGGAGAAGCUCGCGUCCAUUUCAUUGCAAGAGAUACCAUUGCAGGAGAGGCAGUUGCAGCAGAGGCCGUUGCAGGAGAGGCCGUUGCAGCAGAGGCCGUUGCAGGAGGGGCCGUUGCAGGAGAGGCCGUCGCAGGAGAGGCUGUUGCAAGAGAGGCCACUGCAGGAGAGGCCACUGCAGGAGAGGCCACUGCAGGAGAGGCCACUGCAGGAGAUGUCAUCGCAGGAGAUGCUGUCGCAGGAGAUGACGUGGCAGGAGACGCAGUGGCAGGAGAGGCCGUCGCAGCAGAGGCCAGCGCAGCAGAGGCCGUCGCAUCAUAAGCCGUCACAGCAGAAGCUGUCGCAUCCUAGGCCGUCGCAGGAGAAGGCGCAAACAGGCCUGACAAAAAGCAUGAAGGACGCCGCCCUGGCGCAAAUCAGGCCAGUCAUGGCAGAGAUCACCCCCGAGAUGACCAUGGAGCUGCUUCGGGAUGUCAUAGAAGAUGUGAAAGUCCUGAAAGAAACUCAGCAAAACAUGUCCUCUGAGAUGACGCCCAAGGAGCUCCUCCAGAAGGUCGAUGAUCUAGAGAAGCUGAUCAGAGAACGGGAAUACUUCCUGAAGCAAGUGGGCCGGAGGCUAUCUUUGGUUCCUGGUGAAGAAGUCACCAUGGUCACCUGGGAAGAGCUGGAGCAAGCGAUCGCUGAUGGCUGGAGAACCUCACAAAUGAGCUCAGACACUACAGGACUUUCUAAGCGCAGAGGACGGACUACUUCCAUGACAUCAGGUGAUCUGAUUCCAAGUGGACUGUCUACCAAGCAACCAAGUAUUGACCAGUCUCUGGAUUAUACUGGUGGUUUGGGCCCAGAUCAGACCGUAUCAGGAUCCGUCGGCACAGGACUCUACGCUGAGGCGGCUGCUAGCAGGGAACGAGGCAGGCUCUCCUCUGCUGCUGGCAGAGAGCAGUACCCCAGGGCCCGUGAUGAAGCUGGCAUGUCGAGACACCGUCAGCCUUCUGUAUCCCAGGUCAGGGGGGACUCAGAUCGUCUCAAGAGUAGAGAUAAGUUCCCCUUAACACUUCCAAGAAGAGAUGAACGAGAUACACGCCCUGGCCCAGUUCAACAGGAUAUAACGUCUACCAGAGAUCGGUAUCAAUACGCACGCCUAGAUCAGCACGGUGGGGUUCCCAUUAGCCAAGGUCAAGUCUAUCUAAGGCCAGAUCAUCCUGGAUUAGGACCAACUGGCAUGGAUCAGCCUGGACUGGUAUAUCCUGCACAUGGUGUGGUACCCCUCAACAUGACUCAGCUUGGUGCGAUACCGCCAGCAAUGGAUGAUCAGGGAUUUGUACCACUUGUCACAGAUCAGCGUGGUGUGGUGCCACCAUUGGUACCUGGCAGAGAUCAGCAUGAAUUGGAAUUACCUGGUAGAGGCCAGCCUGUUAUAGUUCCACUUAGCACAUAUCAGCAGGGUAUGAUAGCUCCUGGCACAGACCAACGUGGUAUGGAACAGCCCCGCAUGUAUGUGGGUGGUGUGCAGCCACCUGGCCUGGAUCAGCAUGGGUUUGUAAGAUUAGGCACAGAUCAGCAUGGACUGGUACCUCCUGGCAUGGAUCAGCAAGGAUUGGUACUGCCUGGCAUAGAUCAACGUGGAUUGGUUCCACCUCUUACAGAUCAGCAUGGUUUGGCAGCACCUAAUUUGAUGCAAGUUAGUGUAGGUCAGCAAGGUUUUGUACAGCCCCGAUUAGAAACAACUGGCUUCAUACGGCCUGGUACAGAGCAGCGUGAUUUUAUCCAGCCUGGCAGAGAUCAGUAUGGUUUGGUGGAGCCUGGGGCAUAUCAGCCUGGAUUGGUUCAACAUGGUAUGGGUCCGCAUGGAUUGGUGCAGCCUGGCACAGAUCAACGUGGUUUGGUCCAGCCUGGGGCAGGUCAGCCUGGUUUGGUAAUUCCUGGUGCAGUACAGCCUGGUUGGGUACCUACUGGUGCAGGUCAGCCUGGCUUGGGACCUCCUGGUGCAGGUCAGCCUGGCUUGGGACCUCCUGGUGCAGGUCAGCCUGGCUUGGGACCUCCUGGUGCAGGUCAGCCUGGCUUGGGACCUCCUGGUGCAGCUCAGCCUGGCUUGGGACCUCCUGGUGCAGGUCAGCCUGGCUUGGGACCUCCUGGUGCAGGUCAGCCUGGCUUGAGACCUCCUGGUGCAGGUCAGCCUGGUUUAGUAACUCCUGGUGCAGGUCAGCCUGGUUUGGUACCUCCUGGUGCAGCUCAACCUGGCUUCCUACGUCCUGGUGCAGGUCAACCAGGCUUGGUGCCUUCUGGUGCAGCUCAACCUGGCUUAGUAACUCCUGGUGCAGCUCAACCUGGCUUGUUACCUCCUGGUGCAGGUCAACCUGGCUUGUUACCUCCUGGUGCAGGUCAGCCUGGCUUGUUACCUCCUGGUGCAGGUCAGCCUGGCUUGGUACCUCCUGGUGCAGGUCAGCCUGGCUUGGUACCUCCUAGUGCAGCUCAACCUGGCUUAGUAACUCCUGGUGCAGGUCAGCCUGGCUUGUUACCUCCUGGUGCAGGUCAGCCUGGCUUGGUACCUCUUGGUGCAGCUCAACCUGGCUUAGUAACUCCUGGUGCAGCUCAACCUGGCUUAGUAACUCCUGGUGCAGGUCAACCUGGCUUGUUACCUCCUGGUGCAGGUCAACCUGGCUUAGUAACUCCUGGUGCAGCUCAACCUGGCUUAGUAACUCCUGGUGCAGGUCAGCCUGGCUUGUUACCUCCUGGUGCAGGUCAGCCUGGCUUGGGACCUCCUGGUGCAGCUCAGCCUAGUUUGGUACCUCCGGGUGCAGGUCAGCCUGGCUUAGUACCUCCUGGUGCAGGUCAGCCUGGCUUAGUAACUCCUGGUGCAGGUCAACCUGGCUUAGUGCCUCCUGGUGCAGCUCAACCUGGCUUAGUACCUCCUGGUGCAGGUCAACCUGGCUUGGUACCUCCUGGUGCAGCUCAACCUGGCUUUGUACCUCCUGGUGUAGGUCAGCCUGGUUUGGUACCUCCUGGUGCAGCUCAACCUGGCUUGGGACCUCCUAGUGUAGGUCAGCCUGGUUUGGUACCUCCUGGUGCAGCUCAACCUGGCUUAGUAACUCCUGGUGCAGCUCAACCUGGCUUAGUAACUCCUGGUGCAGCUCAACCUGGCUUGUUACCUCCUGGUGCAGGUCAGCCUGGCUUGGUACCUCCUGGUGCAGGUCAGCCUGGCUUGGUACCUCCUGGUGCAGCUCAACCUGGCUUAGUACCUCCUGGUGCAGGUCAGCCUGGCUUGGUACCUCCUGGUGCAGGUCAGCCUGGCUUGGUACCUCCUGGUGCAGGUCAACCUGGCUUAGUAACUCCUGGUGCAGCUCAACCUGGCUUAGUAACUCCUGGUGCAGGUCAGCCUGGUUUGGUACCUCCUCGUGCAGCUCAACCUGGCUUGGUACCUCCUGGUGCAACUCAACUUGGCUUAGUACCUCUUGGUACAGGUCAGCCUGGCUUGGUACCUCAUGGUGCAGGUCGACCUGGCUUGGUAAUUCCUGGUGCAGGUCAACCUGGUUUGGUACCUCUUGGUGCAGGUCGACCUGGCUUGCUACCUCUUGGUGCAGUACAGCCUGGCUUGGUACCUCCUGGUGCAGGUCAGCCUGGCUUGGUACCUCCUGGUGCAGGUCAGCCUGGCUUGGUACCUCCUGGUGCAGCUCAACCUGGUUUGGGACCUCCUGGUGCAGGUCAACCUGGCUUACUACCUCCUGGUGAAGGUCAGCCUGACUUGGUACCUCCUGGUGCAGUACAGCCUGGGUUGGGACCUCCUGGUGCAGCUCAACCUGGCUUGCUACCUCCUGGUGCAGUACAGCCUGGCUUGGUACCUCCUGGUGCAGGUCAGCUUGGCUUGCUAUCUCCUGGUGCAGUACAGCAUGGCUUGGGACCUCCUGGUGCAGCUCAUCUUGGCUUGCUAUCUCCUGGUGUCAUACAGCAUGGCUUGGGACCUCCUGGUGCAGCUCAGCUUGGCUUGCUAUCUCCUGGUGUCAUACAGCCUGGCUUUGUACCUCCUAGUGCAGUUCAACCUGGCUUGUUACUUCCUGGUGCAGUACAGCCUGGCUUGGUUCAACCUGGUGCAUAUCAACCUAGUUUGGGACAACCUGGUACAGAUCAGCACAGUUUGGCCCAGCCUGGUGCAUAUCAGUAUGAAGUUGUGCAACCUGGAAUGGAUCAGUCUGGUUUGGCACAACCUGGUGCAGAUCAGCAUGGUUUAGUCCAACCUGGAGUGGAUCAGCAUGGCUUGGCCCAACCUGGCGUGGAUCAGCGUGGUUUGAUACAACCUGGUGCAUAUCAGCGUGGUUUGGUCCAACCUGGAAUGGGUCAGCCUGGUUUGGUUCAACCUGGUGCAGAUCAGCAUGAUUUGGUCCAACCUGGAAUGGAUCAGAGUGGUUUGGUCCAACCUGGAAUGGAUCAGAGUGGUUUGGUCCAACCUGGAAUGGAUCAGAGUGGUUUGGUCCAACCUGGAAUGGGUCAGUGGGGUUUGGUCCAACCUAGUGCAUAUCAGCGUGGUUUGGUCCAACCUGGAAUGGGUCAGCGUGGUUUGGUGCAACCUGGUGCACAUCCUCCUGGUUUGGUGCAACCUGGUGCACAUCCUUCUGGUUUGGUACAACCUGGUGCAAGUCAGUAUGGUUUAGUGCAACCUGGUGUAGAUUCACGUGGUUUGGUACAGCCUGAAAUGGAUCAGCAUGGUUUGAGACAACCUGGCGCAGAUCAGCAAGGCUUGAUCGCACCAGGCACAGAGCUUCGUGGCUUUCCAACACUCCAUGCAGAUUCUCAGAGUUCUCAGGCACCUCCUGGCAGAGAACAACAUGACCAGGUGUCACCACUACUAGCCAGCGAAGGUUUGGCACCACCAGAUACAGACCAAAGGGGUUUGGUACCACCAGAAACUUACCAGCAGGAUUUGUUGCAUCCUGGCAUGGACCAGAUUGGCUUCACACCAUUAAGCAUAGAUUUGGGAUUUGUACUCCCAGAUCAACAACAUUUGGUAUCACCUGGCCCAGAUCAGCCUGACCAGGUAGACAAAGGUGCAGAUCAGCAUGGCCAGGUACGUUUGGAGCCAAUGGAUGCCUCACGUCAACUUGGAGCUCCUGCUCGUACUGCCCCAGGCCAAGAUGUCACCUUUUACAGGCGUCCAGACUCCCUCAACAAAGUCUCAUCAGAAGGGAGUGAGGGCCACAGUGAACGACGUGAGUCCAUAGAUAAAUUGGCUCCCAGUUUCCCCAUAGCGAUGGAAACAUUUCGUCUGAUGGGAGAGCUUAUCGCCCUUUAUGUGGAGCUGAAGGAGCAUAUGAAGGAUCUGAAGGAGGAGCAAGCUGGCCAGACUGAUCUGGAGAAGAUCCAGUACCUGCUGGCGCUCAUGGUCAAAAAGUCCUUACCGCCUGACCUGCAGGAACAGCUGAAGACAUUAAAGACUUUGACCAGAGAAAUUCGGCAGGAAAAAGCAAAACUGGACAGGUUGCAAAAGGUCGUGGAGGGCGAAGGAGAGCAAGAAUUGGGGAAGGAGUUGAAAAGUAGCCAGCUGAGCUUGCAGCUGGGCGUCCUCAGAGUCACCGUGGCUGACAUUGAGAAGGAGCUGUCCGAGCUGAGGGAGAGCCAGGAGCGGGGCAAGGCUGCCAUGGAAAAUUCGGUCUCCGAAGCCUCCCUUUACCUGCAGGAGCAGUUGGACAAGCUCAGGACAAUCAUGGAGAACAUGAUGGCCUCCUCCUCCACGCUGCUGUCCAUGAGCAUGACCACCCCACACAAGACCCUGACGACCGUGGCUCCUGGCCAGAUCCACCCUGAAGCCACCUGUCCAGCCUGCAGCCUGGAUGUGAGCCACCAGGUCAGCAUGCUGGUGCAGCGCUAUGAGCACCUCCAGGACAUGGUCAACAACCUGGCUGCCUCCCGGCCCUCCAGGAAAGCCAAGCUCCAGAGCCAGGACGAAGAGCUGCUGGGCCACGUGCAGAGCGCCAUCUUGCAGGUGCAGGGCGACUGCGAGAAGCUCAACAUCACGACCGGCAACCUCAUCGAGGACCAUCGGCAGAAGCAGAAGGACAUUGACGUGCUGUACCAGGGUCUGGAGAAGCUUGAAAAGGAAAAGGCCAACAGGGAGAACCUGGAGAUGGAGAUCGACGUGAAAGCUGACAAGAGUGCCCUGGCCUCCAAAGUGAGCCGCAUCCAGUUUGAUGCCACCACGGAGCAGCUGAACCACAUGAUGCAGGAGCUGGUGGCCAAGAUGAGUGGGCAGGAGCAGGACUGGCAGAAGAUGCUAGACAAGCUCCUCGCGGAGAUGGACAACAAGCUGGACCGCCUGGAGCUGGACCCACUGAAGCAGACGCUGGAGGACCGGUGGAAGUCGCUGCGACAGCAGCUCAAGGAGCGCUCUCCGCUCUACCAGGCUGACGAGGCAGCCGCCAUGCGGAGGCAGCUCCUGGCACAUUUCCACUGCCUCUCCUGCGACCGCCCCUUGGAGACACCUCUGACCGGACAAAUCAUGCCCCUGACACCUGUGGGUCCAGGCCUGCCGGGACACCGAUCCAUGCGCCCCUACACGGUGUUUGAGCUGGAGCAGGUCCGGCAGCAGAGCCGCAACUUGAAGCUGGGCAGUUCCUUCCCUCGGGGCGACCUGACGCAGAUGGAGCGGAGCGUGGGGCGCCUGCGCACCAUGCACUCUAAGAUGCUGAUGGACAUCGAGAAGGUGCAGAUCCACUUCGGGGGCUCCGUCAAGGCCAGCAGCCAGAUGAUCCGCGAGCUGCUGCAGGCCCAGUGCCUCAGCUCUCCCUGCUACAAACGGGUGUCAGAUACGGCCGACUACACCUACUCCACCGUGCCCCGGCGCUGCGGGGGCAGCCAUACACUCACCUACCCGUACCGCCGCAGCCGCCUGCAGCACCUGUCCCAGGGCCUGUGUCCCACUGAUGAGAUCCAGAUCGCCAUGAAGCACGACGAGGUGGAUAUCUUGGGCCUGGACGGACAUAUUUACAAGGGACGGAUGGAUACAAGGCUGCCAGGCAUUCUGACCAAAGACACUGCAGGGAUGUCAAAGCCCAAGUCCAAGCAGUCCCGGUCCCACAGGCAGCAGUCCCUCAUCGACAGCAGCCAGUUGCCCUCUCGGCCUCAGAGUGCUCAGAUGUUGGCCGCCAACAACCCAGUUUCUACACGUCACAGGAAAGACAGACCCGUCUCCUCUGAGGCGCAUCUCUCGCAGACUCUAGUCCACCCGCCCAGCCCCAUGGUGAUGGUAGAGCUGCGGGGCAGCCCCCAGGGGCUGCAGAUGCACAUGGACGUGCCUCCAGGGGAGGGGAUGGAGGAGCCCACCCGGGGCCCGCGGUCCACCACUGCUCACCGAUCAGACCUAUAAAUAAAUGUUCAGGAAAAAGUUCA